AUUCAUAGAUCCCACUUCACUCGAACUUAACUUCCAACGCCCUUGAGUGGGUGUCAUUACGUUUCAUAAAUCCCCCUUCACUCGAAACGCUCCCUCGCCUCGCACUUCACUCGGACUUUUCUCGAAAAAAUUCAAGUGAGCGGUGGCACCGCCCUUCAACUACACUCGAGCCUCCCUUCAUCGCAAAAGAUGGCGGGUUACCCGGGUUAUCGGAGUGAUGCCGCUCGCAGGAUCGCGUCUUUUGAGUUCGCUACUCGUGCGUGCGACCUUGUGUUCGGCGUUAUGUACCCGCUCGGUCCGUCGGUGCCGCGGCGUAAUCUAUCGGACCGCCUGAACCCGAUGGAGCUGUACAGUGACCGCCAGUUCCUCGCGAGAUAUCGCUUUACGAAGACGACGGUGAGGGAACUCCUGACGCUGCUGCCUCUCCAGCAAACCGGCGACAACCGAGGACUGCCGCUCACCCCCCUGCUCCAGUUGCUGGUCACCCUUCGCUUUUACGGCGCCGGGACCUUCCAGAUGGUAGCGGGAGACCUGGUGCAUGUCUCCCAGCCGACUGUCUGCCGCACAGUGAGGACGGUGACGACGCUCAUCGCGAGGGUGCUCUUCCGAAGGCUGGUGCACUUCCCGGCUGCGUCGGAGUACCACGGCGUUAUGCGCGACUUCUACGCAAUGGGGCAGUUUCCUGGCGUCACGGGUUGCAUCGACUGCACCCACGUGCGCAUCAGAAGCCCCGGCGGAGAUGAUGCGGAAGUUUAUCGCAAUAGGAAAGGAGUCUUCUCCCUGAACGUCCAGGCCAUCACCGGCCCACAGCUACAGUUCUUUGAUGUUGUGGCAAGUUGGCCAGGAUCUGUGCACGACAGCCGCAUCUUUGAUGGCAGUCGUGCGCGUGCCCUUUACGAGGAGAGCAGAGUGCCCGGCGUCCUGCUGGGGGAUAUGGGCUAUGCCUGUCUCCCUUUCCUGAUGACGCCGCUCGCAAACCCUGGAGCGGCAAAUAGUCCCGGAGGGAGGUACAACAAGGCCCAGAUCCGAACGAGGAACUCCGUCGAGAGGGCCUUUGGGGUUUGGAAG